UUAGUAUAGCGAAAGCCGGCCUAAAGCCAUGGGUGUAAUUUUUUUAUUUUGAAGAAUUUCGGAUUCUAAUUGUAGAUAUUUCAAUAAUAACUUUUGAAGUUGACUGAUACAACAAUUUGUAUAUAAUUAAGAAGUAUAUCAAAGAUUUGGUUUUAAAAAAUGAUCGUUUCCAUGCCGCUGCUAAAGUUUAAAGAUAAAGUAACUAUAUUUUGUGUUGUUAUUAUUGUUCUUGGUAGUAUUUAUUUUUAUUUAAACCACUUACAACAAAGUUACGACAGCGUGCAAUGGUCUGGCGAGCGGUGUUUAUCUGAGCUGACAUCUAUUAAAUAUCAAUUAAAUGUUGUAACGGAGUACAAAAACCGCAUUGACAAGUUGCUGACGGAGACGCAAAAGGCUCAUGAUAUGGAAAAGGAAAGAUUCAAAGACGUUAUGGAUAGUUGUGUAGCGAUGAAACAACAAAGUACAAUAUGUCAGAGUCAAUUUGAAGAUCUACAAAUUGAAUGCAAAAAAGUAAGAGAAGAUUACAACAAGGCAAUUAAGGAGUUAGAAAAAAUGAAAUCAGCGGGCUAGAGAAGCUGUCAUAAUAAUCAUAAUUUGAGCCAAACUUUUUGUUAUAGUUGUAUUAUUAACUCUGUAACUAUAAUUAUAUAUCUUCCAUUUAUUAAUGUAAAUAUUUAAUCGUAGAUCGAUUAAUUUUUUCAUUGUGAAUGUCAUCAUAGGCUGCUCAGAAAUACUAAACUACCAACUGAUGUGCAAUGAUUAAUCCAAUAGUAAAUGUCUUAUUUAUUUAACAUGAGUUAACUGAUUAAUAAUUUUCAAAUGUUUCAUUAUGCUAUAUUAGCUACAUGUCUAGAUUACUAGUCGUCUUGACAUUCAAUGUAUUCAUAGUUAGAUGUCCUUAGGAUUGAAAUUCUGCAUGAAUGUAAUUGAAAUAGUUAUAAAGGAAAUAUCUUUUACAAGUUUGUAUAUUGGAGUCACUAUAAGCGAGGGAUGGGUCAAUAGAAUAGGUCAAUAGGGUGGAUAAGGAGGAUUUAGUCCACAUAAAGUUUUUCUAAUGAUGAGGUGAUCGACUCUUGGAACUGAUUGACACUAAGUAACACGGUACUUUUUUGCACAUUAAUUGUAGUAUUAAUAAAUGAGUCUAUAAUAUAGACAUAUCUUCUUGACUCUUGAAAGUACAGAGAAAUGUAUUAUAAUAAGUAUAAUGAUUUUAUUAAACUGCACAUUUUUAUAAAAACAUUUAGUAUUUAAGUAUAAUCAUG